AUGACACCGCUCAUUCGGUUUAAUACAGUGAAGCGGUUGAAUCUAUGUUUAAAUUGUCUAUCUGAAGGUCACACUGUGUCAAAAUGUAGUUCAAAAAAUCGGUGUAAAAUAUGUAAAAAAUCGCAUCAUACAUUGCUGCAUAAAGCGAAUGAAAAUAGUGAAGACGCUGAAGCAACAGCACCUACAUCAAAACAGACGGUUGUUACUUCACCACCAAAGGAAGUACCACCAGCGAUACGAGAGUUCGUGUCCACAUCUAACAUUAACGCUCAUAUGUCGUCAGACACAGAAUUCUUAGCAACCGCUGUGGUUCUAAUACGAGAUGGUACUGGACAAUGGAAAAUUUGUCGCGCACUUCUGGAUUCCUGUUCGCAGGUAAAUUUAGUUACAGAAAGCCUUGCUAAAAUUCUCAAUCUUUCUAGACAAAGAAAAGUUACAAAUAUAGUUGGGACCGGAGGAUCAUCAUCCAAAAUUAAAUUCGAAACUUCUACAAUAGUUCGCUCUCGUUAUAAUGACGAAGAAUUCGCUGUAAAUCUUCUCAUCACCAAUCGCGUUUCCGGAUAUCAACCCGAAAUAGAUAUUGACGUGUCCAAUUGGAAUAUACCGUCUUCGAUAAAUUUAGCCGAUGAAAACUUUCAACAAACGCAAGGAAUAGAUGUUCUAUUAGGCGCCGAGAAUUUUUUUGAAAUUCUAAAGCCACAUCAACUGAAGCUUGGCCUUUAUUUACCUAAACUUCAAGACACAUCCUUUGGUCGGGUAGUGUCUGGUCGCUACAAAACAACAAGCUGUAUUCAAAACUUUCAGAAUCGCUCUUUCGUAAUUCAAUUUGAUAAUACUUCAGACGAAGAUCUUAAUUUGCAACUCGAAGAUAUGAAACUAACAAAGCCUGCCUUAAGUCCAGAAGAUCGAAUGUGUGAGCAGUCGUUCGUAUCAACAAUUGAGACUCUACCUGAUGGACGAUUGCAGGUAAAAUUGCCGUUUAAAGACAAUCCUUCUGUUCUAGGUCAGUCAUAUGAGUUGGCUUUGCGACGGUUCUUGUCGCUAGAGAAACGUCUGGAUCGCAAUCCAACAGUAAAAGCACUCUACACGUAA